AUGUCCAUCACCACAACAACAGCGCCCGCCGCAUACGCGCCGACCCAUAGGUCUCUCGCCCACCCGCAGCGCUCUCUUCGCAAAGCAACCAGCUUCACCAGUGCUUUUUCCUCAGCCACAUCCGCUUCUUCUCCCAGCCUCAACUCGCUCUACAACGCUCACUCGCGUCUCACACCUUCACACCAAACCCUCCCGCGAAAAUCUUCCUUGGCUGCCCUUACGUCCAACUCCCUCGCCUCCAUUCCCGAUGUGAGCGAGUCCUAUGCCUACAACAGCGUGCUAGCCGAGUCGCCCGAUCGCAAAAUGGUUCCAACAACUCCCGGCAAGCCCGGGAACGAUUUUGAUAUUGGCGAUGUCGUCGAGGUUCCAGGCAAUAUGCUCGGCACAGUCCGUUUCAUCGGUACGGUCCAAGGAAAGAAGGGCACAUUUGCUGGUGUGGAGCUACAUCCAGAGUUCUCUCAGCGGGGGAAGAACUCUGGCGAGGUAGAAGGUGUAUCGUACUUCACCACAACUCUGCCCGGCGCUGGUAUCUUCCUGCCCGCUACCAAAGCUGUAAGGCGUGAUUCUCCUCCCGGCUCUUCGUCGAGCUCGUUUCCACACACACCCACCGCAAGCACCAUGGGUGGCUUGAAAGUCGGAAGUCAAAAUUCAACCAACUUCACUCCUCCCACGCCAUCACUGCCUACUUUCAGCAAAUCUGUCGGCCCCGGCCGCUCAGCCAGCCCCGGGCUAAAGAAACCCAGCAAACCGUCCUUGCGACCCGAAUCGCCCAUACGAAAGCUGCAGAUGACGCCUGGCCCACGACCAUCCCUAGCAACCCCCAACAGGGUCCCGUCCAAAUACACGUCCCCCACUGGCAACAGGUUCGCCCAGAGUGUCCGUGGAACAGCUGGGGACCCUAGCAAGACGCCAAGACUCGAUAGGAAACCCAGCGUGGGACCUCGCAGCGCAUCUGCGCUUGGUCAGACAUCUUUGUUCGAUGAUGAAUCGACACCAACUGCAUUACAUCGAACCAAGACCAACGGCAGUGUAACAUCGGUCUCUUCCUAUAGCUCUCAGUUUCGAGUUCCCUCGCGCGCUGGAUCAAGAGCAGCAUCACGGGCCAACAACGACCAUGAAAUGGAGCGGCUCAGGACGCAGCUGGAGGAUCGUGAGAGACAACUGCGGGAUCAGGCAGCUACGUUGGCUGAAAUGGAGAGUAGUCUUACCGAACUGCAAACACUCAUGGAAAACUCGGAUAUGACGGCAUUCAAGCGAAACAGCCUUGACGAUAAGGACUCAGCCCAGCUUCGAUUGCUGAUCAGGGAAAAGAAUGACAAGAUUGCCAUGCUCACUGCCGAAUUUGACGCCCACCGAGCUGACUUCCGAAGUACCAUUGAUACCCUGGAAAUGGCUAGUACCGAGACUGAGCGGGUGUACGAAAAACGCAUAGAUGAGCUCAUGCAGGAGAUCCGGGAUCUUGAGUCUCGGACCGACGACGUGGAUGUCGUCGCUCGCCAAUUGAAGCAGCUCGAGGAGCUGGUUCAAGAACUGGAGGAAGGGCUUGAAGAUGCGCGACGUGGCGAAGCUGAAGCCAGAGGCGAGGUCGAGUUCCUCCGCGGUGAAGUCGAGCGUACGCGGACUGAGCUGCGCCGUGAACGUGAAAAGGCAUCGGCUGCAGCGAACGAUUCUGGAGGCCUAUCAAAUGGCGACCGCCCCUCUGGCUCAAAAGAGCUUGAGCAAAAAGAAGAUGAGAUCCGAGGGCUGAAGGCCAUCAUCCAUUCACUCAGUCGAGAUUCAGUCCCUGAUGCAGGAGCCGACAAGGCAGAGGACCCCUCCAUCCGCGAGAAUGCCCUAGCCCGGGAGAGGCUGGAGAGAGAACUGACGGAACUUCGCGCUCUUGUCAAGGACAAGAACCACCGCGAAGAAGAGUUAGAGCGGGAAGUGGAGAUGCUGCGUAGGGGAAGCGCCACCACCCAGCAAUCAAGCUCUUUCACGAACGGCAGUGCUCAACGCUCGUCACUACGCGACUCGCGCGAUACUGUCAUCUUGAUGCGGAACAGCGAGACUCGUUCCCCCGAGGCGACGCACAAGCGUGGCCGUACAUUGGACACCAUGCCCGAGAGUGACACUUACUCGUCAGUCACCGAAAACAGUACCCUCUGGUGCGAAAUCUGCGAGACUGGCGGCCAUGACAUUCUCACUUGUACCAACAUGUUUGGUACCGAUGGUGGCAAGACCAACGGCGAUGGUAGCAAGUCGAGCAAGGACAUUGCUAGUGAAGCCUUGAAGCCUAUGAACGAUGAGGAUAAACCUCCUCCCCUGUCUCCGAUGAAGCCGAAGCCCUCUGCUGCUCCUCCAGCUACGUUGCCAGCCGCUCCUCCAAUUGUCAAGAUUCUGCCAAAUCCCAUGGAGAAUGGACCUGUUGCGGGCAAGGACAGCGGUGUCGUGGAUAGCUCGAAAUGGUGUGCCCUUUGCGAGAGAGAUGGACACGACAGUGUCGACUGCCCGUUCGAAGACGCAUUUUAG